CCUAAUCCAGAUCGGAGUAGAAAGCGCGUCAACAUCAUGGGUGCGUAUAUAUGAAAUCCAAAAUCAUUCACAAAUCAUCAGAAUCCCUUACGGAGUUACGGUAGUCUCUCUAGAAACCCUAAAUUCACAGUCAUGGCUGACACGAUGACACUCCGAAUCCUCGGUAGUCUCACUAGAAAUCCUAAAUUCACAGUCAUGGCGCACACGAUCACCCUCCGCGCUGACCUCCGGCGGAUGUAUUUGAACAAACUCCACUUGGUCAACAAUGAAGAUGAUCGUAACUUGCGUUACGCCUUCUACUUUGGCGAUGAUGUCGUUUUUAAUCUGGUCAGAACAUGGGAGAAAACCUUGUUGGCUGCGAGGGCCGUAGUUGCAAUCGAUGAUCCUAAGGACAUUGUUGUCCUUUCCGCUAGACCAUUUGCUCAUAAGGCUGUCUCAAAAUUUGCUGAAGUAAUUGGUGCUACUGUCAUUGCAGAUGGACGUCGCAGUCCCAAGACUUUUGCUCAACGACUCCAUGAUUCAUCCCUUAAGCCUUGCCUCUUAAUCGUUGCUGAUCCAACAACUGAUCGCCUGGCUAUCCAAGAAGCAUUCCUGGCUGACCUCAACAUCCCUGUCAUUGCAUUGUGUGGCAGUGAUUCCUCAUUCCGCCAUGUUGACAUUGCUAUUCCUGCAAACAACAAGUCAAAGCAAAGCAUUGGUUAUGUUUUCUGGCUUUUUGCAAGGAUGGUUCUUCAGAUUCGUGGAGAAAUUCCACAAGGACACAUGUGGCCUGAUGUUCCGGUUGAACAAUUUGUGUGUGACGAUAGACUUGAGGAGCAACCUGAAGAGGAGGAGAAAGUACCUGAACUGGAAUUGUUACCGGUGCCAGACUUGCAGCUUCCAUGGCCAUGCGGGCCGCGGGAUAAUGGAGACAACCCCCCACCUGCUUCAUGGGCAACUACUGUUUGUCCAGGAGAUAGCGAAGCUGAAUUGGACCCUGAAGAAUACCAUGGAACAACCAAUAUUGAAGAAGAGGAGGACCACCUUGGGCAUGCAGAUUGAAAUUGUGAUUUUGUGAAUUGAUCUUAUGGCUUUGUGAAUGUUGUAAUAAUCUUAUGGCUGAUUGUAAUUGUGGGGAUAUUGUGGUAAUUGCAAUCAAUACCAGCACUGGUCCCUUUGAACAUUUAUAAUUGUAGUAGUGGUAAUCUAUGUGGUUUCAUGAAUAGCACAUGAAUGAUUAGUGUAUUUAUCUAUGUUAUGGAAUUUGUGAUUGUUU